UUCUUAAGCAGCUCGAAAGGAAAGUGCUCUUACAGAAUUCAUCUUUUCUUAGCACUCAUCGAUGGCGGCCAUGGCUUCAAUGAUGAUGAAAGCACCCGCAGCACUUAACUGCGGGGCAGUCAAAAGGAAUAGUCAUAUCAGUAGAUUGCCCAACAGUAGCCUCCAAGUCAAGUGCAUGGCUGCAAAGGAUCCAAAGGAAACGUCUACCAAGUUGAGCACGAAAUUUGGCGACCUGUUUGCGUUCUCAAGGCCUGCGCCGGAGAUCAUCAAUGGAAGGGCGGCUAUGUUGGGGUUCGUGUCGGCCAUUGCAGUGGAGGUGGCCAGCGGAAGAGGUUCGCUGUCGCAGGUGAAUAGUGGAGGACUGUCGUGGUUUGCGUUAACUGCAGGAUUAAUGACGGUGGGGACACUGGUGCCCCUGUUCAAUGGAAUAUCGAGGGAGAGCACGUCGCAGCCAAUAUUUUCAUCCACAGCAGAAAUGUGGAAUGGGCGCUUUGCUAUGCUCGGCCUCCUCGCAUUGGCUUUCACUGAAUACGUCAAGGGGUGGACCAAUUUAUGUAGAUUUCAAAUCAAUGCAAGAAUUUAA